UCCGGGCUGCGUUCGUAACUCGGACAGAUAAUCAGCUGAUCCGUCCUUGCCGAGCGUCUCCAUGUCCACCGCCGUGCUGAUCGCCGCUGUGGUCGGCGGCGGAGUCCUGCUCCUCAUGCGCCGGUUGUUCCCGCGGCAGAAAGCGGUGGAGCUGCUCCGGUUUCCGGCCGGCAGCAUGCGGGGGAAGACGGUGAUCGUGACCGGGGCCAACAGCGGCAUCGGCCGGGCUGUGGCCGGGGAGCUGCUGCGGCUCCGGGCGAGGGUCAUCAUGGCCUGCCGGGACCCGGGCAGCGCCGAGGAGGCGGCCCGGGACCUGAAGCUCCAGGCGGGGCCGGAGCAGGGCGAGCUGGUCCUCAAACACCUGGACUUGUCCUCGCUCCGCUCCGUCCGCAGGUUCUGUGAGGAGGUCAUUGAGGAGGAAUCCAAGAUUGACGUGCUUAUCAACAAUGCCGGCAUCUACCAGUGUCCUUACACAAAGACGGAGGAUGGAUUUGAGAUGCAGCUGGGAGUGAAUCACCUGGGUCAUUUCCUCCUUACUCACCUGCUGCUGGACCUUCUGAAGACCUCAGCUCCAAGCCGCAUCGUUGUAGUUUCCUCUAAACUUUACAAAUAUGGCCACAUCAAUUUUGAUGACUUAAACAGCGAAAAUAACUACAACAAGGCGUUUUGUUACAGCCAGAGCAAGUUGGCCAACUUGCUGUUUACGCUUGAGCUCGCUCGCCAUCUCGAGGGCACCAGGGUCACGGUCAACGCUCUCACUCCGGGAAUCGUGCGGACCAGGCUGGGCAGGCACGUACAAAUCCCUCUCCUGGCUAAGCCGCUGUUCUACCUCGCCUCGUUGGUCUUUUUCAAGAGCCCGUUGGAGGGAGCCCAGACUCCGCUGUAUCUGGCGUGCUCCCCAGAGGUGGAGGGAGUGUCGGGGAAGUGCUUCGCUAACUGCGAGGAGGAGAAGCUGAUGGACAAAGCUACAGAUGACCAGGCAGCCAAAAGACUGUGGGACAUAAGUAAAAACAUGGUUGGACUCUCUAACUAAGCAUAGGCCAGUUCUGUGGACAGUACUGUGUGAACUUAAGUGUUGGAGCACUAAAUACUCUUGCAGCCCUGUGGGUACCAUUCUGCAGGAGAUUGGUUUUGAAAAAUCUUUAACCACCCUGGAGAUAAGAACAUGAAUGGAAUGACAUAUUGUGCCACUGAAGUGUGAUAAUUAAGAGCAUGUGAGGUACAUUGGACUGAGCUGAUUAGAGAUUGCGUAAGGAUGUGAGAUUGAAUUCGUGCCUGUUAAAGCGAUGGUUCAAACU